AUGAGUCGGGCUCCUCCGACUCCAAUCAAAAAUCCUGCGAAAAAAUGGAAACCACCAUGGGAGAGCGUAGAAGAGGAGGAUGUGGAGGAAAUGGAAGUGGAUACUGUGGAGGAGGUCCCACCAUCAAAAUUGGAGAAAAAACCAAGUCUGAAACGAAAAGAGGCUCCAAGUAAACCAGAACCUUCACCAGGAGCCCCAUCACCAGCUCCCGUGAAAAAUCCUGUGAAAAAGUGGAAACCACCAUGGGAGGAAGAUGAGCCAAUGGAGGAAGCACCUAAAGAACCUGCUAAAAAGGUGAGAGAUCUAUCUCCAAAAAAAAUUGCUGCAAAGCCAAGAGAUCCUUCUCCAAAAAAAGCAGUUGCUGCUAAGAAAGAACCAGAAAAGCUACCUGAUUCUACAACUGUUGUCCCCCCUACUCCAGUCAAGAAUCCAGUCAAAAAAUGGAAACCCCCAUGGGAAGAGGAUGAAGCAGAUGUUGAAGAAGUGAAAGAAGCACCAGUAGUUCCUGAAAAAAAGACUCCAGUUUUGAAAAAAAAAGAGCCAACUACCGUAAAACCCAGAGAUCCAUCGCCGAAGAAAGCUGCUGCCAAGAAAGAACCGGAGCCAGUAGUUCCACCAACUCCUAUCAAAAAUCCAGCAAAGAAAUGGAAGCCUCCAUGGGAAGAAGACGAAACACCUACUGAGGAAGUGAAAGAACCAGAGCCAACCGCACGGAAAGUUCCAGCACUCAAAAAGAAGGAACCAACCACUGCAGCCAAACCUACAAGAGAUCCAUCACCAAAGAAGGCAGUGCCAGCAAAGACUGAACCAGAAGUACCACCAACUCCAGUCAAGAAUCCAGUUAAAAAGUGGAAACCGCCAUGGGAAGAAGAUGAAGCUCCGGUUGAAGAAGUGAAGCAGCCUGCAGCUCCUGAGAAGAAGACUCCGAUUCUCAAAAGGAAAGAACCCAUUCCAGCAGGUGCUAAACCAGCAGACGCACCGCCUAAAAAAUCAGUCACUGUCAAAGAGCCAGAACCAGCAAAAGUGCCUGCGAAAAAGCGUGAUCCAUCUCCCAAAAAAGCUGCUCCAGUGAAAGCUGAGCCAAAGACACCAGAAGUACCUCCGACACCGAUCAAGAAUCCAGCAAAGAAAUGGAAACCACCAUGGGAAGAAGAUGAAACACCUACUGAAGAUGUGAAGAAACCUGCUGAACCAGAGAAGAAAACUCCUGUAUUAAAAAGAAAAGAACCGGAAGCUGGUGCCAAACCGUCUGCCAGUGAUCCAUCUCCGAAAAAAGCUGUUCCUGCAAAAGACGCCGCAAAAGAACCUGUUAAACCAGCUGCAAAACCAAGAGACCCAUCUCCGAAGAAAGCCGUUCCAGGGAAAUCUGAACCGGAAGUGCCCCCAACUCCCGUUAAGAAUCCUGUAAAGAAGUGGAAGCCGCCAUGGGAAGAUGAUGAGACUCCAGUUGAAGAGGUGAAGGAGCCAUCUGCACCAGAGAAGAAAACGCCUGUUUUGAAAAAGAAGGAGCCAUCAACUGCAGCAAAGCCAAGAGAUCCUUCUCCCAAGAAAGGAUUACCAGCGAAAGAACCGUCUAAAGAAGCUGCUACAGAACCAGAAAAGCCAACUGAAAAUAAGACUCCAGUGAAACUUCGCGACCCAUCUCCUAAGAAAGCAGUUGCAAAACCAGAGCCAGCUCCAUCCACUCCAGUGAAGAAUCCUGUCAAAAAAUGGAGACCUCCAUGGGAAGAUGAUGAGGCUCCAGCAGAAGAUGUUUCAAAACCGGCCGACGAUAAGAAAACUCCUUCUCUUGCUAAGAAAGACCCAGCUGUAGCUAAAACUCCGGAGAAACCGAAAGCUGCAACACCAGCAAAAUCGAGAGAUCCUUCGCCUAAAAAAGCAGCUCCCGUGAAAAUCGAACCAGAAGUUCCACCAACUCCCGUGAAGAAUCCAGUGAAAAAAUGGAAGCCCCCAUGGGAAGAUGACGACACUCCUGCAGAAGAAGUUCCACAGCCAGCUCCAGAAAAGAAAACUCCUGUUCUUGCCAAAAAGGGUUCUGCCAAGCCAAGAGAUCCAUCCCCGAAAAAAGCGGUACCUGUGAAGUCUGAACCAGAAGUUCCACCAACUCCCGUAAAGAAUCCAGUGAAGAAAUGGAAGCCCCCAUGGGAAGUAGACGAAGAUCCAGCAGAAGAAGCUCCGCAGCCUGCUCCGGAAAAGAAAACUCCGAUUCUUGCCAAGAAGGAACCUGCAAAACCUGCUGCUGAUACAAAACCUAAGGAGACUCCAAAGGUUGCUCCAGAAAAGCCAGCUGCCAAACCAAGAGAUCCGUCACCUAAGAAAGCAGUACCAGUAAAAGAACCUGUGAAACCGAGAGAUUCCUCUCCUAAGAAAGCCGUUCCAGUGAAAUCAGAACCGGAAGUGCCUCCAACUCCAGUGAAGAACCCCGUCAAAAAAUGGAAGCCGCCAUGGGAGGAUGACGACACUCCGGCAGAAGAAAUUUCACAGCCUGUUCCAGAAAAGAAAACUCCUGUUCUAGCCAAGAAGAAACCUGCAAAACCUGUUGCUGAUACAAAGCCUAAAGAAACUCCAAAGCUUCUAGAAAAGCCAGCUGUCAAACCAAGCGAUCCAUCAGCUAAAAAAGCAGUACCAGUAAAAGAGCCUGUCAAACCAAGAGAUCCAUCUCCAAAAAAAGCCGUUCCAGCCAAAUCUGAACCAGAAGUGCCCCCAACUCCUGUGAAGAAUCCUGUUAAGAAGUGGAAACCACCAUGGGAAGAUGACGAUACUCCUGCAGAAGAAGUUCCACAGCCUGGUCCAGAAAAGAAAACUCCUGUUCUUGCUAAGAAGGAACCUGCCAAGCCGAGAGACCCAUCCCCGAAAAAGGCGGUACCUGUGAAGUCUGAACCUGAGGUCCCACCUACUCCAGUCAAAAAUCCUGUGAAAAAGUGGAAGCCGCCAUGGGAAGAUGAUGAAGCUCCAGUUGAUGAUGUCAAGGAACCACCAGCUCCAGAGAAGAAAACGCCAGUUUUACAAAAGAAGGAGCCGACACCAGCUGCGAAACCAGCAGAUUCUUCCCCAAAAAAAGCAGUCCCAGCUAAAGAACCAGCCAAAGAACCCACAAAGGAACCUGCUAAACCAGCUGCGAAACCGAGAGAUUCUUCUCCUAAGAAAGCCGUUCCAGUGAAAUCAGAACCGGAAGUGCCUCCAACUCCAGUGAAAAACCCCGUCAAAAAAUGGAAGCCACCAUGGGAGGAUGACGACACUCCAGCAGAAGAAGUUCCACAGCCAGCUCCAGAAAAGAAAACUCCAGUUCUAGCCAAGAAGGAACCUGCAAAACCUGUUGCUGAUACAAAGCCUAAGGAAACUCCAAAGGUUCCGGAAAAGCCUGCUGCCAAACCAAGAGACCCGUCACCUAAGAAAGCAGUACCAGUAAAAGAGCCUGUCAAACCGAGAGAUCCAUCUCCAAAGAAAGCGGUUCCAGUGAAAUCAGAACCGGAAGUGCCUCCAACUCCAGUGAAGAACCCCGUCAAAAAAUGGAAGCCACCAUGGGAGGAUGACGACACUCCAGCAGAAGAAGUUCCACAGCCUGCUCCGGAAAAGAAAACUCCUGUUCUUGCCAAAAAAGCUCCUGCCAAGCCGAGAGACCCAUCCCCAAAGAAAGCGGUUCCAGUAAAAUCAGAACUAGAAGCUCCACCAACACCUGUGAAAAAUCCAGUGAAGAAAUGGAAACCCCCAUGGGAAGAUGACGAUGACACACCAGCUGAGCCAGUGAAAAUACCAGAACCAGUCAAGAAGACUCCGACACUUGCUAAGAAAACGCCGACUAAGCCAGCAGGUAAACCCGACUCAGAAAAUCCAGCAGAGCCUGUGAGCCGUCCAACUUCAAAAGAUCCCAAACUCAGUACCAAAGCACCCACAGAGAAACCGAAGCCAGCUGCCGCACCCAAAGAGGAAAAGCCAGAACCGGCGCCGGCAGCAGAGCCUCCAGUAAAACCCAAAAAGUGGAAGCCGCCAUGGGAAGACGAUUCAGAAGAAGAGCCAGAAGCUGAUUUCACCGUUCCUGCGCCAAGCAAGAAGCCUGACAUUGAAGAUCCAGCCGAUUCUCUUGGAGGACCAAAAGGGAAAGAUCCGAAACUUGCUAAAAAAGCUCCAACUGAAAAACCUAAACCGACCGCAGCACCGAAAAGAGCUCCAGACACUGACGACCCCGCCGAACCAGUCAGUGCACCUUCUUCAAAAGACCCGAAGUUGGCAAAGAAAGCUCCAGCAAAGAAACCCGAUGAAAAGCCAAAGGAGCCGUCUAAACCGGUCGAGCCACCAAAACCAGCUGCACCAAAGAAGUGGAGACCGCCUUGGGAAGAUGAUCCUGAUGACGAGCCAGAAGCCGAUUUCACGGUUCCUGCGCCAAGCAAGAAGCCUGAUACAGAAGAUCCAGCUGACCCACUUGGUGGACCAAAAGGUAAAGAUCCGAAACUGGCAAAGAAGGCGCCCACGAAAAAGCCAACUGAACCAGAAAAGGAGAAGCCUAAGCCAAAAGAGGAACCAAAACCUGUUGAACCACCAAAGCCAGCUGCUCCCAAAAAAUGGCGACCACCUUGGGAAGAUGAUCCAGAUGAAGAACCAGAAGCUGAUUUCACAAUGCCUGCACCAAAAAAUAAACCCGAUACCGAAGACCCAGCAGAUCCACUUGGAGGACCGAAGCCUAAAGAUCCGAAACUUGCAAAGAAGGCUCCAGCCAAAAAUCCUGAUGAAAAACCAAAGGAACCGUCCAAACCUGCCGAGCCACCCAAACCUGCUGCGCCGAAGAAAUGGAAACCACCAUGGGAAGACGAUCCAGAUGAACCAGAGGAACCAGAAGCGGACUUCACAAUGCCUGCACCCAAAAAACCAGUUGACUCAGAAGAUCCAGCGGAACCAGUGAGUGCUCCAAAGCCAAAGGAUCCUAAGCUAGCCAAGAAAACACCAGCGAAGAAACCCGAUGAUAAACCAAAGGAGCCGUCUAAACCUGCCGAGCCACCAAAACCAGCUGCUCCUAAAAAGUGGAAACCUCCAUGGGAAGACGAUCCAGAUGAGCCAGAAGAACCUGAGGCCGACUUCACUAUGCCCGCACCCAAAAAGCCUGAUUCAGAAGAUCCAGCAGAUCCACUUGGUGGGCCAAAACCAAAAGACCCGAAAUUGGCAAAGAAGGCUCCAGCUAAGAAACCAGCCGAUAAACCAAAACCAAAAGAUGCUCCUAAAGAUACCAAACCAAAACCAGAGGAACCUCCUAAACCAGCUGCUCCGAAGAAGUGGAAGCCACCAUGGGAAGAAGACCCAGAUGAACCAGAGGAACCAGAAGCUGACUUCACGAUGCCUGCACCUAAGAAACCUGACUCAGAAGAUCCAGCCGAACCGUUGGGUGGGCCAAAACCAAAAGAUCCAAAACUUGCCAAAAAGGCUCCAGCCAAAAAGCCAGCCGAUAAACCCAAACCAAAAGAUGCUCCUAAAGAUACCAAACCAAAACCAGAGGAACCGCCGAAACCAGCUGCACCGAAGAAAUGGAAGCCACCAUGGGAAGAAGACCCGGAUGAACCUGAAGAGCCAGAAGCUGAUUUCACAAUGCCCGCACCCAAGAAACCGGACACUGAAGAUCCGUCAGAUCCACUUGGAGGACCGAAGCCUAAAGAUCCGAAACUUGCGAAGAAAGCACCGGCUAAGAAACCGGCGGACAAACCAAAACCUAAAGAAGCUUCUAAACCAGAGGAACCGCCCAAGUCAACAGCUCCUAAAAAGUGGAAACCUCCAUGGGAAGAAGACCCAGAUGAGCCAGAAGAACCUGAGGCCGACUUUACUAUGCCCGCACCCAAAAAGCCUGAUUCAGAAGAUCCAGCAGAUCCACUUGGUGGGCCAAAACCAAAAGACCCGAAAUUGGCAAAGAAGGCUCCAGCUAAGAAACCAGCUGAUAAAUCAAAACCAAAAGAUGCUCCUAAAGAUACCAAACCAAAACCAGAGGAACCUCCUAAACCGGCUGCUCCGAAGAAGUGGAAGCCACCAUGGGAAGACGAUCCAGAUGAACCAGAGGAACCUGAGGCCGACUUCACUAUGCCCGCACCCAAGAAGCCCGAUUCUGAAGAUCCAGCAGAUCCACUCGGAGGACCAAAACCUAAGGAUCCGAAGUUGGCUAAAAAAGCUCCCGCUAAGAAACCCGCUGACAAAGCGAAACCUAAAGAAGCUCCAAAACCGGAAGAACCACCCAAGCCAGCGGCUCCAAAGAAAUGGAAGCCACCAUGGGAAGACGAUCCAGAUGAACCAGAGGAACCGGAAGCGGAUUUCACGAUGCCCGCACCUAAGAAACCCGACUCAGAAGAUCCAGCAGAACCAUUGGGCGGGCCAAAACCAAAAGAUCCAAAACUGGCAAAGAAGGCUCCAGCCAAAAAACCAGCAGCUAAGCCAAAACCAGAAGAGCCCGAGAAACCAGUUGCACCGAAGAAAUGGAAGCCUCCAUGGGAAAUUGAUCCUGACGACGACGAACCAGAAGCUGAUUUCACAGUUCCACUUAAACCGGGUGAAGAGGACGAAGAAGAACCAGAAGAACCGGAUGACGAGGAAGAGCCUGAAGAUGAACCAGUUGAUGAUGCUCCGAAGAAAAAGAAACCAAGGAAGCAUAAACGACGUCCAAAGAAGAAGAAGAAGCCAGAGCCAGAACCCGAAAAAGAGCCAACACCAGAACCUGUUGUUCCAAAAGCUCCAAAAUGGAUUCCUCCAAUCAAACAGGAGGAACCAAUUCCAAUGCCACCAAAAGAAAAAACAAUUGCUGAAAGAAACAAAGAAGAGAGAAUACCUCCAGCAUUGCGAUAUGCCAAGAAACCACGAGAACUGGAAGUUUUUAUUCCAUUUGUUAUUCCAUGGGAGCAGACCGCUGCUUUAAUAACACAAGAAGGUAUGGGGGCCUUCGGUAAAAGCAGAAAUGCAGAUCCUAAUAUUAACUUUGGAGAAAAACCAAUUGUUCAGGGAGCAGUCGACUCGAAGACUGUUAUUCCGCUGUGGAAUGAUGAAAGUAAAUGUGCAAAUCGUCAUGGCAUGUCACCAUUUGGAGGUAUACGAGCUGUCGAUCAAAAUGUAGUCGAUCACCAUGUAUUCAAUUUGAUGGAUAAAGGUAAAAGUAAUGGAAUCAUCCCACUAUUGGCUAAAGGUACUACUUAUCACCCACAUGGAGAAUAUGGAACUAUAAGAAAACAGACUGCUGAUGUGAAAUACAAAGACGGAUGGAAACCUGGAAUGGAGAAGGAUUCGCAUGGUUUCAUUUCCAGACAGUUUAUUGCCAACUCGAAAGAAAAGGCUGGAAGCAACUUGUUAGACAGACGAAGAACAAUUAUUUCCGAUGCACUCCCACAAUCUAAAGAAUGUGAAGCUAUGAUUCCAUUAAUGUUCGAUGGAAGAUCAGUAGAAACACGCGAAGGCAGCGAAUUUGGAUCUUUCCGACCACUUGUAUCAAAUUCAACCGGAGGAUAUAUUAUGUCUUUCCAGGAUGAAAUCAAGUGUAAAAAUGUUAUUCCUUUCCAGACUGCACCAUCGUUAGUCGCCUGA